AAAUUUACAAUUUUUUCAACCAGCCUUUAUCAAUUAUGGCUUUUCGAAAUGAGGAAAGUUUACAUCACACCUUAUCUCAAAUCUAAUUUUUAUACGGAAAUGAUGAAGGAAUUACAACCAAUGACAUGUUGUAAAAGAUCGCUUAUAUUUCGGAUAGUUAUUGUUGUAGUUUUCGGAGCAUUGGCAAUAUUGGGAAUAGUGUUUGUGAUUAGUUCAGUAUCAUUUCGCAGCACCUACAGAAAACAAGGUCUCCACGCCAACCGGCCUGCGAAAAAGGUUCACCACACCCCUCCCCAGUCAGAUGAAGAUUUUCUCCAAAAGGGCAACCUCGCUCUGAACGACACUGAAGAUGCUAAUGACGUCAGAGUGGGCAACACGACAUACACAAUAGAACUGCUCAUGAUGGUAGAUGUCUCAAUCUAUUUGUGGUGGAAUCGGCUGCAUGGCGGUAACCACAAUCUCACGAUGGAAGCAAUACGUUUCAAGUAUGCCCAUAUCGCCGCAGGGAUGGAUCGGGUGUACCGGCGGGUCAAGUCCGCCAGCAUCAGUAUCCGCCAUGUUGGAACGCACAUAGCAACGACACCCGAAGAAUGUCCCUGGGCGAUCGACAAUAUCAGAUUCAACGGUUCUUGGGACACACACGCACCGCAACACGUGGUCAUCCAGUCAACAGACUACUUGCUGGCAGUCCGACCGUGGAUACUGAAGAAAUAUGGUUGGAAUCCCGACCAGGUGUUGGUUUGGACAUUGUAUGACAUAAGAGCAAACGCUACGGAUGAAAGUGACAUGAUAAUAGGUUGGUCAAACCGUGGCAGUGUGUGCACGAUGAGAGGGGUCACGGUGGAGGAGGAUUACGGGUUCGGAUCCUGGUGGAUUGGCGCACACGAACUUGGACAUAGCCUGAACCUGCUCCAUGACGGAGAUGAGGAAAACCACUGCGAUCCCAAAGAUCAAUUCAUCAUGACCUCGUCUUAUGACAUAUUUAAGGAGAGCACCUACAACAAUGCCAUCAGGCUGUCACCCUGCGCAGAUAAAUUAUUGGGGGAAUUUCUGAGGGAACUUGACAGGAAAAAUGAAAGCAACUGUUUACACAAUGAUGGCAUGGCCCCAUAUGAUCCUUCUCAGUACCUCCGGACCUUACCAGGCCAAAUCUACUCGUUCAUGGACCAGUGUAAAAUAGCGCGGGGUGCGAACAGUAAGACGUGUGCUUUGCACAGUUUACAUGAUGCCUGCCUAGGCCUUGGCUGUGUUGACGAAUAUGGAUACUGCGACAGGAGCAUCCACCGUGGAGCAAUCGGAACCAGUUGCGGUCAUCAUAAGUGGUGUUACGAGGGUUACUGUACCUACGACAAAAAUGCGCCAGCAAUGGAUGACUUCACCCCAGUGAUGUGACAACACAUUUUAUACACUCGGCAAUAAAAGCAAUGAUGAAAUAUUUCGAUAUCUUAGUCUUAUAUGUAUUCUAAAGGAGCAUGGGAUUAACGCUGUAGACGUGUUGAUCCGUAUUCAUUUAAGUACAUGUACAUGUACAUGUAUAGUGCGUUUUGUUGUCGUGGCAAGAACACUACCUGUGCAGUCGUACGUAACAGGACUGUCAUUGCACAGUGAAACAAUAGUUUUCAUACACAAUUCGCAAUUGAUCAAUUUUGAGAAUUUGUAGCAAAUUCGAAGGUAGCUCCAGACCAACCUUGCAAGCCAAACACAACGGCAGCAGUCAUUAAAAUAGUUUCGAAGAAGAGGACGAAAGUAUCAAAAACCAACAUCAAAGUUUCGUAGAAGAGGACUAAAGUAUCAUGUCUGAUCGAAAAACCAACAUUGCGCCCAACCAAUCUAUAAAGCUGAAUUCUGAUUCAUGAAGAAAACGCCUUUUGGAUAGAAAUACUUUCUAUG